UGCAAAUCCAUUUCUACAGCGCAAGUCUCAGGCUUUUUAGUGGGAGGGAAGCUAGCACGUUGCAUUUGACGUGUAGUGGGACUUCAGCCGCCUUCCUGCCAGCCUUUUCCUUUCCUCUUUAGUCUCUUACACCUAACUUCCAGCCUCAAAGUCAAGAUUCUCACUCGGAACGGACAUACAGCGGCUUGAGGGAUUUGCUUCCUCUCUGACUUGUAACUAUUAUGGCUGGUAGCACCAUCAAGACAGUGCACGACAUUUUUCAAAGCAUGGAGUACGGACCAUCAGCAACUCCCAGCUAUGCCACUGCACAGCAUUCCCGUUCUCUGGGUCUGUUCAUCGAUGGCAAGUUUGUCCGUCCAGCAGACAGACAGAGUCGCUCCCUGUCUGAUUCUAAAGGUGGAACCGUGUGCAGCACAGUGUGCGCUGUGGAGGACGAUGUUUCCCAGUGCGCCUCCUCUGCUGCUAGUGGCUUCAAGGCCUGGAGCGGACUGACCUGCAGCCAGAGGGCCAAAUUGCUGCUCAGCUUGGUGAGCGUCCUCGGGCAGCACGGACAGUGUGUGUCGGAGCUGUGUGAGCUUUGCGGGGCCUCCUGCCCGCCCUCCACCCUUGUAAGACUGCUGCAGUACUACGGCAGCUGGGCUCAGCUCAGAGACACUCUCAUCACCAACUGGACACCGCUGGGUGUGGUGGCAGUAGUUGUCUCUGAUGACUGCUCUCUCUAUUCCAUUAUGCUCAAAGUCCUGCCAGCACUGGCAAUGGGUAACUCUGUCAUCAUUGUCCCCGGUCGGAGCAGCACCCCUGCAGUGCUCCUCCUGGCGCAGCUUUUUAUGGGAGUGGGACUUCCUGCUGGGGCUCUUAAUGUUCUAACAGGAAGUGACAUGUCGCUGGGUGCCAAAGUGGCCCAGAGCCCCAGCAUCAGCUACGUCGCCUACAGUGGCAACAAGCAGGACGGGGUGAUGCUGUGUAAGGCCACAGCAGGGAUGGGCGUUCCCGUCUCGGUCUCCCCCUGCAUUGGUGCCACGUGCCCCUUCAUCAUAUUUGAGUCAGCUGACAUCGACAGCGCAGUGGAUGGAGUAAUAGAGGCUGCCUUCAAGAAGAAAAGAGAGGUCCACUGGGUGUUGUGCGUGCAGGAGAGUGUGCUAGAGAGUGUUGUGGCCCGUCUCAGGCUGCGUAUGGUGGGGAUGAAGUGUGUGGCCCUGUGCUGUGAUGGAGACAGGGCCUUGGUGGAUGCUGCAGUACAGGAAGCUCAGCAGCAGGGGGCCACGUUGGUUCAGUCCUGCGCUGCCCCCCCUUCGGGUGCCCAGUACCCUCCCACGGUACUCUGCGGGGCGGCCCCCUCCUCUCCAUUUGUGGUCAGCCCCUCUCCUGGACCACUGCUGCCUCUCAUGACCUUCAGAAGCAACCCAGAGGCAGUGACCCUGGGAAACCACAGUCCUCAUGGCCAGGCAGCCUCCAUCUGGACUGAAGACCUCACCCUGGCUCUGGAGACAGCUAAGAGUCUGUCUGUUGGCUCACUGUGGGUGAAUUCCCACUCUGUGUCUGACCCCUGUCUGCCGGUCUCCGGUCACAAAGACAGUGGCACCUGCACUGACGGAGGACAGGAGGGUCUGUACCAGUUUCUGCGCCAGUCCUGUUCUUCCUCUCCUCCUCUACCUCGCUCCUCCCCUGUCUCUAUGGACUACUCAGUGUUUGGAACAGCAGCAUCCCCAGCUAUCAUUCCUGAUGUUUCUGACCCUGCCAGGGCUCCUAAGGCCUACCUGCAGUUUGUCGGUGGGAAGGCAUGUAAAUCAGUGUCUGGCUGCUGUGUGGCUGUGCAGUCUCCAGGGGGCGGCAGUGUGUUAGCCUACUGUCCAGACGGAGGCCGGAAAGAUGUCCGUAAUGCUGUGGAGGCUGCAGUCAAAGUCCAGCCUGGCUGGAUGAAAAAGAGUCCUUCUGCACGUGCUCAGUCACUCUACGCUCUGGCCAAGGGUUUGGAGGUGAAGAGGCGGGACAUAGUUGUGUCAAUCAACAUUCAGACUGGUCUCUCAAUGGACAAAGCAGAGAAGGAGGUGGAGCUCAGCAUUGCCAGGCUCAGUGACUGGGCAGCUUACUGUGACAAAGUCCAAGGAGGAGCUCUGCCUGUGCCACAGUCUGGCUCUGCCCUCUCCCUCCCUGAAGCCUUGGGAGUCGUGGGGGUCGUUCUGCCUGACAAGGAUCCCCUCCUCUCUACAGUAACAAUUCUCGGGGCCGCUAUCGCCACUGGAAAUGCCGUCAUCAUGAUCCCCAGUCAGAAGAAUCCACUGCCAGUCUUGGCGUUCAUUCAAGUGCUCCAGUCUUCAGACCUGCCAGCAGGUUUGGUAAAUAUCGUGACAGGACUAAGAGACCAGCUGACAGUGGCUCUGGCAAAUCACAGCAUCAUCAAGGCCAUCUGGUACUGGGGAAGUGCUGAGGGAUGUCAGUACCUCCAGUACACGUGCACCAGCCCUCUGAAAAUCCUGUGCCUGUUCUGCCAAAAGGACGAGGAGGGAAGGGACUGGACCCAUUCCUCGCUCCUGGAAGAGAUGUGGAGAAAUGCCGUCCAGUGGAAGAGUGUCUGGAUUCCUACUGCAUAAGAAGACAGAGAGAGGGAAAAUGAAAGACAACUGUGACCUGUAGGAUGUAAAUUUAAAAGGAAGGAUCAAAACUUAACUGUGACCAUGAAAUUCAUAAGAUGUCAGUGAACUUAGCAGUGAACAGACAAGAAAUGCCUGCAGUAUUUAUCAUUCACUAAGCCUAACGCUCCUCAAUUACUGUUGCUAUGCCUGUCAAGCUUUCUGUUCUUGCACGACAUGCAUGCAGGAUCCUUGAUUUCAGACAGAGGUUGACGAAAACAGGCUUCUCAUUUCCAGCUUGUGUCGAUUUUGCCGGCUAAAUUGAGAACUGUCACUGGCAGAUUUUAUCAGCUUCUAUUUAAUGAAAUACUAACUGUUGGACCUUGGAAGUAACACACAGUAACAACUGUAAGCAAGUGAGUAAGCUAGUUAGCGGGGUAUGCUAAGUAGCUAUUAAUUUAUCUUAGUUUUGCAGAAGCCUGUGAAUUGAUGAUUUGUUCCAACAUGUUAUGGCCAAUUAUUUUUGGAUCACAAAUGAAACAUCUGUAUAAUCUGAAGCAUCAGAAAAUGUGGCAUCAAGCAGCCAACGCAGAAAAACCUGACAUCAGUAAAUUAAAGAAAAAGAUGUUAGCACAAAUCUUAAUAUCACAACAAAUGUUAAUAUCAAAAUAUGCAGUACAGUCAAACAUUCAUUAGCUUUUCAGUUGGUUUCUUCAGCCCCAAGGUCACAUAAAAUGAAAUACUUAAAUAUGCAAUGAACAGGAUACCAGAAAAUGUAUUUUGUUUACUGCUGAAAGGAGGCACUGGGAGUCCCAUGUUACUGACUGAAACCUCUACAUCAUUUAUGGCUCAGAAUGUCGAGCUAUUUAACACUUACAUUACCAAAAAAAAUAUCACUAGUUAACAUAUACAACUCUAUCCUAUUAUCUUUUAUUUAAAAGCUAAACAAAAUGUAAAUGAAUGUAAAUUUUCGUCAAACAAAAGUAAAUGCCUUCAUUAGUUUAAACAUAAUGCCGCAGGUCAGACAAUAGGGAUUUAUUUAGCAGGUUAUGCGUGAGUGGGCAGAACGAGAAAACAAGAUUAAAUGUCUUAACAUAUUAAAUUUUGAGGUGAUGGCAACCAAAAGCAAGAACCAUGUCGACCUGAUAUUUGCUGUCGCAUUUCUGCAAUCAUAGACACAGGACCUGCUCACUUUCUACCUCUAUCUUCUGCUAUUGUGCUUCUUUUUCCUAUUAGUCAUCACAUCUCUGCUUGGUUUGUUACAAGUAUCUUGAUUUUAAGGUCAGCAUUUCAUUUUUCAGGAAGACUUUAGAAAGAGCCCUGGAUCAGAUAGUUUUCAUUAGACACCAGGUAUUUGUGGUGUGUCAUAAAGUUUUAGAGACAUGGUACAAUCUGUCAGUGGUGUUUUUUACUAUAAAUGCAUCCCUUUUUCUCCAGUUCUCCAACUUGAAACCUCAUCUGCCUUAGAGGUCUGUCAAUGACAGAGAAAAAUCGAUCAAUCUUGUGUCAUCUCAACUGAAAUAUGCUAAGGUACUGUACUGUCUAUCUUUAUUACUGUACAAUAAUACUGUAACUUUUAGCCAUAGGGGUACACUUGGCGCAAACAUUCCCAGGAAAAUCUAGUUUGUAGACACCAUCAAAUCUGUGUUUCCAGAGAAUGACAGUGUGGGUCUCACUGUCUAAAAGCCAUAAUAAAAAGAUCAUUUAAUUAA